ACUAUGGCGACUACAGAAACCAGUGUAGCAUCUAUGUUUUGUUUGUCUUUUUUCCCUCUAACGUCUACCACUUAUCAUUUGAAGAAGUAAUAUAUUUAAAUAUCGUCUGUUAAAUGCAAAGGAUAUAGCCCACAGAUGCAGAUGUUUCGAUACCUCAAUCAUGAAUCUGGGAGAUGGUUUGCUGUUCGAACUUGAAAAUGGAAAGCCCAAGCUCCUUUUCAGGUCCCACGGGUUGGAAUCCAAGGCUGCAACUAAAAUCAGCAAGAAUUCCUCCACAAACAGACAACCAAAACCUGCCUUCAAGCCGUUCUCUCCUGACUACGCACUGGAGGGACCUCAGAGGGCUCAUGUGAAACCCCCAGGCACAUACAGGAGCACCUCCAACACCCCAACCCAGAAACACCAGACUGUGAUAAAUGGCACUGGGAAAACCAAAGCCAAAACGGUGUACACAGUGGAAUCAACCAAGACGUCCAACCCUCAAAAGAUCAGUGGUGUAAAUGAAAUGAUCAAACCCCUAAAGCAGAGUGAAAAGGAGAGCCUGGUCUGUCUUACCCAAGAACAGUUACAGCACAUCCUGAGCAGCAUACAUAAUAAACCAGCCAGUUCUCCUGCUGAACAACAUGACACUCACUCCAAAGCACAGAUGGUUCCAGAAGAUUGCAGAGAGGAUGGAAGAGCAAUGUUUGGAGCUACACAAGACUUGUCUCAGGAGGCAGUCACUCCAAAUGAUAACAUGUCUCCGAAUGGCAUUGGACAGGAGAAAGGGAAGGAUAAUGGACAUGUCAUUAAUGGUGGCCUUGCUGGUUUCCUCGAUGGUCUUGGUGAGCGGGAACUUGAAAAACAACGUCUGGAAGCCAGAAAGGCACAGUGGCGGAGAGAGUUAGAUGAGCAGUUGAUUAAAAAACAGCAGGAGAGAUCGGAUGCAGCACUACUGGAACAACCAUGGCCAAUGUCGGCUAGGUCCAUUUCAAGGGACAUACAAAUCAAAGGAGACGAAUAUGGCUGCGGCUCAUUGUCACAGCGUUCCACAUCAAGAGCCACAUCUAUUGGUACGGAGGCCUCGUGCGCACUGGGAGGAGACGGCCAGGGCAGACUCAGUAUGGAUACCACCACUGGAGGCAAACCUCCACAAUCCAGCUACCUGCGGACUAUGACUGCUCUUCUGGACCCUGCUCAGCUGGAAGAGAGGGAGAGAAAACGUCUGAAACAACUGGAGCACAGGCGAGCCAUCAGCAGUCAGGUGGAAGAGAAGAGGCGGCUGAGAGAGAAAGAGGAAUUGGAACGAAAGCGAUGGGAACAGGAGGAGGAGAGCAGAGUGGCGAAAGAGAGGGAACAUCUUCAGCAGCAGUACCUACUUGAUGCCAAGAAGGAGAAAAACAAAGAGGAACAGCUCAAUCGGAGGGCACAGGAGAUGCUGCUGAGUGUCCAGCGUGCGCAAGAGGAAGCCCAGAAGUGCAAGCAGCUGCAGCGCAUCCGCGACCUGGCCAGUAAAGGUCACGACGUGUCAAAGCUGCUGGGCAGUCUGGAGAGGAAGUCCACUGACUCUGUGCAAGCGGUCAGCGCACAGUCACAGAAUCCCCUACAUAGCCUGUCUAUCACGGUGCGAGCUGAGGACCUGAGCCACCUUUCCCCCAGACAGGAAACAGGAGUCCAGACAGAUAUGGACGGGCGACUCUUGGAUGCCAAACCCGACGGUGAACGCCACAUUCCCGCCGUGGACAUGCUGAUGAUGAACCAUAGUCCCACCCCUCCAGCUCAGCACCACCGGAGCUCCCACUGGAGAGCACAGCUGCAAAAGACAACAAGCUCUGGGCAAAUGAACACCCAGAACAGUAUCACUACUGCAGUGGAGCCGCAGGGAGAACCAAGAGGAGGCGUCAGCCUGUACGAUCCGUUCCAGAACACUAAUGCUAACCACAGGCUCAGACCAGCCAAUGGCAAGAAGCCCGAGUGGAACGUGCGGCAGCCGAGCAGGCCGUUUGUCCCCGCCUCUGAGAGGUACCCACAGGGCUUACGUCUGCACCGGCAGGAGAACCGCCUUCGCAGGCAGAUGGAGCUCAUGGCACUGGUGGAGAAGAAGUCGUGGGCGAGAACCACUCCGUUACCACAAGAACCUGCUGUACACAGCUCUUUAGCACUCCCUAAGGAUGAUAUCUCAGAUCAGUCCUCAUCCCAGACCACUGCGUUCCACUCUAACAGGCUGAUCUCGGCCCCACUUGCAACCUUUGAGCUGCCGCCCCAGGGCCACCAAUCUGAGCAUUUCUUCAAAGAGCGGUCGGAAAAACCCUCUGACGGCCAAACGGCAGCAGAUUACAUCCCCUAUGUGCGCACAGAUGAGGUCUACCACCUGGACCCCCUGGCAGUGCCGCACAAACCAGAACCUCAGCAUAAAUGGCAGUCAACAGGUGCCGGUGGGACCGGCCAAAGUAGCCCUGUGGCUGUGCGAGAUCCACUGUUGCAUCCAGAUGUUCUGAAGAACUGUGAAAGACAGAAGGCCAUCCUCAAAGGCCUUUCGGAGCUCAGACAGGGUCUGAUGCAGAAACAGAAGGAACUUGAGAUGGGCUUGAACCCUUUGCUUUAAAUCUAUAAAGGCCCCAGCUAUGGACACCAUCUUCAAGCACUAAGUCCUCUUCUUCUCAAGGGAUCCAUUUUGCGAAACCUAUCAACCAGCACUUUAACCCCAAAAAACUACUUGUACUUGGACCCCAAAAGUACUUGUAUAAAGAAUUUGCACUUUUCUCUACACAUAUGAUCUGUGGUUGUGUGUGUGUGUGUGUGUGUGUGUGCAUAUGGAAUAUUUUUCUGGUACUUGUACCCCUAACAAUUAGUGUACUAAUUAAUUGAAUGUGUGACAAGAAUGUCAAUUGAGACUAUGAUCUUGAAGUAUUGAUAUGAAAUGAAAGUUAUUUAAAAGCUGUAUUGUCUUUUGUUGCUAGAUGCAUGUUUGCUUGGUACUUGAGUACUGUGUACUUUGAUUGUUUUAAGUCACUUGUCAUUAAGAUACAGGUAGCAUCAAGAUGAUUGAAAUUCAAUGGCCAUUCACUUCUAUUACCAAACCUGGUUUAAUGACUGUGGCUGAUUGCCUGUGGUAUUGCACAAGAGUUAUGCAAGACCAGAUUACCUGCCAUCUUUAAGUUUCUGUCAGCUCUGUCAGAUUUUUUUUUAUUUUUUUGUAGUUUUGUGUCCCUCAAAUUUCUCUUGAUAACACAUCAUGGAUUUUCAAUUGUACCUUAGGUCCGGUGAGUUAGAUUGUCCAUAUACCACCAAAGCCUGUUCUGUAAUCUAUGCGGUAUAAUCAAGAGGGAAAUGAGCGUCACCAGACCCCAAAAACAAAAUAGCUGACAGCAAAGAUCAGGAUGUGCAUUCCAAUAUGCGGACUCCCUUCCUCCCUUGCCUGCUUUUAACCUCAUGAUGAUGUCACUGACGACAGAAAAUGAAUUUGAUAUCUUGCAAAAGCACAAUUGUAACGUCAGUUUCUCAUUUGCAAUUGGGAUGGUUAAUGAACAGUCCCAAGAGUUUUUUUGUGGCUAGGCUGACAGCUGGGAAACAGGCAGGGCAAGGCCACAAGCACAAGUGGAGGACGGGAGUGUGCAUAUUGGAAUGUACUCAGGGAUAUCUGGGCCUCCAUAACUUGGAAUGCACUGCAAUGCCACUGCCAUUUGCCUCAAUGCUAUGGUACAUCGUGGCAGUGAAUAAGGGAAAGGGAUUCCUAACUAAGUAUUGAACAUUGAUAUGUAAUUUAGGAAGUACCAUAUUUUGAUCGAUUUGAUGUGAUCGGAGUUCUUUUUUUGUCUGAAGAAAAUGAUGAUUUCAAUAAACUUUUCCAUGAUAUUUA